AUAAGUCUCGCAGCCACCGCAAGCUUUGUUCUUCCGACCCAGCGUGCGGUUGCGCGGCCUGCCUGCCUGCCUGCCUGCCUGUCAACAAGCGCUCUGCUUGGGGGCGGGGUGGGGGGCGUCGCGGUCAGCAUGUUCGGACCUUCGCUCGCUGUUAUCGAGUCUCGACUAACGUAAUCAUUUUGGACUCCGCUGAAGUCGCUUUGAGGGCGGAACGACGGCCAUGUUUCUGAGUCGUGCGACGACGACGACAACGGCGGCGCGUGUUCUCCGCCGCUCAUCCGGACCGUUGACAUUAACGAGGGGCUUUCACCGGGACCGGACCUGCUGCGUGGGCUCGACGCCUGCGCUCUUCGCAGGACAACGACCGGAGCUGUACCAGCACCACGGUUUGAUCUUCCCGGACUGGCGACACUGGAGCUGGAGCGGCCGCCUGGCGGAGCCGGUGCUUUUGUUUUCUAGUAACCGCGGGCCGUCCACCGCGGCCGCUGCCGCCAAGAAGACCCCCGCCAUGGACGACAAGAACGCGGAGGAUGAGCGCAACCUAAAGGAAGGCCCACCAACUCCUCCACCUGAAGGCAAAGCGUCCGGGGAGCACGAACCGGAUGGAGAUAAGCCCAACAAGACCCAGCAACUCAAAAAGGUCUUCAAGGAGUACGGUGCUGUGGGGGUCUCCUUCCACGUGGGGAUCUCCCUCAUGUCUCUGGGAAUGUUCUACCUCCUCAUAUCUAGCGGUAUAGACAUGGCGGCCGUGCUGAGCAAGCUGGGCUUCAGCGAGGCCAUUAUCCGCUCCAAGAUGGCGGCGGGGACCAGCACGUUCGUCCUGGCCUACGCAGUCCACAAACUGUUUGCGCCCGUGCGUAUCAGCAUCACGCUGGUGUCCGUGCCGCUCAUUGUGCGCCACUUCCGAAGGACGGGACUCUUCAAGCCACCCACGUCUGCGCCCUGAUCAAUAUCAUGUGAUAGAUGGCGGCCAUAUUGCCUUGGGCGAGCGGCGGGGGAAAAAACCAAAAAGAAAACGCCUGGAACUUUUAGACUGCUCUGACCAGAGCUUACAGAAACAUUACUGAAGGAGAAAAUUACGAUAGAUGCAAGUGUAUAUUUGCAAUCAGGGAUCUUUUACUUUUUAGCUUUCUUUCUUUGUUUCUUAAAUUUAUGAAGUUUCCUCAUGUCAGACACUUCCUGAAAUGACUCAAAUGUCCUUCCCCUUCAUUCUCUUGACUGUUUGAUCCCCGCUUUCUCUCCACACAUUAUAAUCGUUGCAUCCAUCUGAAUAAAACUUCUCUUUAAAAAAGGCAUUAUUCCUCUUUUAAAUAGACAAAAAAAUCUCAACAAAUACUUUUCAAACAAUGCAGAAAAUUAUUUUAUUUCUCUUCAAAAAAACAUUUAACAUAAAAUCCCAUUUUCUCUAAAUAUUCCACUUUCCCCCCGUUAUAUUUUUUUCCUAAGGUAAAUACACUGCUCCUACUUUUUAUGAAAAAUAAAAUAAAAAAAAACUUUCCCCCUGAAAACAACUUGGUUCUCUUUAAUAAAACUUAAAAUUUUAACCUUCUGUCCUCUUAAAUUACUUAUACAAAAAUAUUACUUGAUAUUAUAUAUUGAUAAAUAUUACCUGACUACCUUAUACCUGACUUCUGUGAAUGCUCCGCUAAUGAGAAUGACUGCUGCUUGAUUACAUGAUUGAUUGAAGCCGAAUUUGUUAAAAUGCUGUUUAGUUUAUGGCUGUGUCUUCGGACAAAAGUUUAUUUG